AUGUCUGCCUCACCCGAGCCAGCAGCCGCAGAAUCUCCCCUAGUGGACAAGGAAGAUGACAGCAUGCAACACAAGGAGGACGACAUCGCGAAACUGGACCUUUCAGACGAUGAAUCUGUCCUUUCCGACGUCGACGACGCGCAGUUCGAAGACUUCGAUGCCGCAAACGUUUCGAUUGACGAGCGGCCGGCCAUCGCCAUAGACGAGGAGAACCUCAAGCUCAUUGGCCGGCAUAAGCGUGCACGCAAUCAGGAGGAGGAGGAGCAGCGGAAGAAGAAGAAGAGCAAAGAGGGGCGUAGAGAGAAGAAGAGUCGCAGGCGGCAGGAGAGCGAUGAUGCGUUUAGUGGUGGGGAAGAAAUAGAGGGAAAACGGGCGAGGAAGCGGAGGGAGGACGGUGAGAAGCGGAGUAGGAAGAUUGUGGAGGAGAUUAAUGAAGAGGACCUGGACCCUGCUACGCGUCGUCGCCGCGCGCUUGAUCGUAUGAUGGAUGAGCAGCUUAAGAAGCCUACCAAACGGCGUGCUCGGAAGGCGGAUGGGAUUGAUCUCGCCGACCUGGCUGAUGCGGAAAUCGAAGAUGUUCGAAGACGGAUGACCGACGCGGCCAAGCUGGACAGUAUAGCUCGGAAAGAGAACCGGCCCGCGAUGCACAAAUUGAAGAUGCUCCCAGAAGUGGUUUCGCUCCUAAAUCGCAACCAAUAUGUCAACAGCCUAGUCGACCCGGAAAUCAACCUUCUCGAAGCGGUCAAAUUUUUCCUGGAGCCACUGGACGACGGUUCCCUGCCGGCAUAUAACAUCCAGCGUGAUCUCCUUGCGGCACUAGGUAGACUCCCCAUCAACAAGGAGACGCUCAUUGCCAGUGGCAUUGGCAGGGUCAUUGUAUUCUACACCAAGAGUAAGCGGCCUGAGAUUGGGAUCAAGCGCCAGGCGGAGCGUCUUCUCGCCGAAUGGACCCGUCCGAUCCUGCAGCGCAGCGAUGAUUAUUCGAAGAGAGUCUACGAGGAAGCCUAUUUUGAUCCCAGUCAACUUGCUGCUCGCAACCAGGGGGUAUCAGCACAAGCCACCGCUGCAGAGGCUCGCGCACGAGAACUGCUACCGCCUCGCCUCGCCAACCGAGCGCGUGUCGAAGCUGGACACACCUCGUAUACCAUUGUGCCGCGCUCGACCACGGUGCAGGAGAGCAGAUUUGCGCGUCCCCUGGGCGCAAGUGGCGAGGAUCGAUUUAGGCGGAUGAAGGCCCGACAGGCGGCAGCGAUGAAAGCGUCGAAGAGGUAA